UCAAUUAAUAAUCGAGUCACAACCAUGACCUAUGAUGAGCCAGUCGUGGUCGUCGUGGUGCCAUUCCCAGCACAGGGCCAUCUCAAUCAGCUUCUCCACCUCUCCCGCCUCAUCUCCGCCCGCAACAUCCCUGUUCACUAUGUUGGUGCCACCGUCCACAACUGCCAAGCCAAGGCCCGCAUUCACGGUUGGGAUCCAUCGGAACUCGCCAACCUCCAUUUCCAUGACUUCAACAUUCCCCCUAUUCCCUCUCCUUCGCCCGAUCCCAUGGCGGAGACCAAAUUCCCCGCCCACCUCAUCCCUUCAUUUCAGAUUGUGACGGUCCAUCUCCGUGACCCUCUCAAACAUCUCUUACGUUCGUUCUCUUCUUAUGCAAGAAGAAUCAUUGUCAUUCAUGAUUCUCUAAUUGCAUUUGUCGUUGAAGAUAUUAACUCUAUACCAAACGUCGAGUCUUACAAUUUUUAUAGUGUCUCGGCUUUUUCCUUAGCGGUUUAUGAUCUUGAAACAAAACAAAUAAAUGGAAACAAAAACUCCCUUUUCAAGGAUUUGAAUGUUCCAUGUCUUGAUGGAUGCUUCACUCCGGAGUUCUGGGAGUUUGUGAAAUUGCAAUAUGGAGUCCCAAUAAAGUAUUGUGGGAAUCUCUACAACACUUGUAAGGCCAUUGAAGAGCCAUAUUUGGAGAUUCUUCAAAGCAUCAACCAUGAGACUAGGCAUUGGGCCAUUGGUCCAUUUAAUCCUGUGGAAUUGGGUUCACCAAGGCACACUCACCCUUGCUUGGAGUGGUUGGACCAACAAGAGACUCACUCAGUGGUGUAUGUGUCCUUUGGGACGACCACGACCUUGGAAGACGAGCAAAUUACUGAAAUAGCAGGUGGAUUGGAGAAAAGUGGGCAAAAGUUCAUCUGGGUGUUGAGAGAUGCAGAUAAAGGAAACGUCUUUGACGGUGAAGUUAGAAGAUCGAAGCUACCAGAGGGGUUCGAGAGAAGGGUGUCGAGAAGAGGGUUGGUGGUGCGAGAUUGGGCGCCACAAUUGGAGAUUUUGAGCCAUCCAUCGACCGGAGGGUUUGUGAGUCAUUGCGGGUGGAACUCUUGCAUGGAGAGCAUAACGAUGGGGGUUCCCAUAGCAGCAUGGCCAAUGCACUCUGACCAACCGAGGAACGCUGUACUAAUAACGGAGCUGCUUCGAGUGGGUCUCCUCAUUAGGGAUUGGGCUAACCGAAACGAGUUAGUAAUGGCAACAACCAUAGAAAAUGCAGUACGAAAGCUUAUGGCAUCAGAGGAAGGUCAAGAGAUGAGAAAGGUAGCGAACGAGCUUGCCACCGCCGUACGCCGAUCAGUUGUAGAUGGCGGAGUGUCUCAAGUGGAAUUUGAUUCUUUCAUUUCUCAUAUUACAAGAGACGAUUAAUGUUGUGUGUUUACCCUUCCUUUCCCUUUCCCCUAUCUUCGUGUUCGUAUCAUACUUUUGAGUC